UGCUGCUGCUGCUGCUGGCGAGGGAGGCGGCGGCGGCGGCGGUGGCGGCGUGGCGGCUCCAUCAUCCUGGCAUUUCGGAGCCUCCAUCCUGGCCUCUCGAGUGCCCGGACCCAAAACAGGAAAUUUGAUUAUGACCACAGUUGAAGAAGAAUGUGACACAGUAACAGUGGAAACCGUGAAUUCCGUGACUCUGACACAAGACACCCAAGGCAACCUUAUUCUUCACUGCCCUCAGGAUGAGGCAGACGGCGUAGACUCUGAAGACAGCCCCGAACCUCCCCCCCACAAAAGGCUCUGCUUAUCCUCGGAAGAUGACGAGAGCGUUGAAGGCAACCCUCCCUGCAUCUCGGUCGUCGCGGUUCCAAUUUCAGAAAGUGACCAGAGCUUUGAGGUGACCAUGACGGCCACCACGGAAGUAGCUGACCAUGAGGUUAACGAAGGAACGGUGACUCAGAUUCAGAUCCUUCAGAACGAGCAACUGGACGAAAUCUCUUCUUUAGCCAACGAAGAAGUCUCGGCUGUCAGUCAGGCCUGGUUUACGACCAAAGAAGACAAGGAUUGUUUAACAAACAAAGGUCAUAAGUGGAAACAGGGCAUGUGGUCGAAGGAAGAAAUUCAGAUUUUGAUGAGUAACAUUGAGCGUUAUUUGAAGGCCCGUGGAAUCAAAGAUGCCACCGAGAUCAUUUUUGAGAUGUCGAAAGACGAAAGGAAAGAUUUCUACAGGACCAUCGCCUGGGGUUUGAACCGGCCUCUCUUUGCUGUUUAUAGACGCGUCCUUCGCAUGUACGAUGACCGAAACCACGUUGGCAAGUAUACUCCCGAAGAGAUCGAAAAACUGAAAGAAUUAAGAAUCAAGCACGGGAAUGACUGGGCGACGAUAGGAGCCGCUCUCGGACGGAGCGCUUCAUCUGUAAAAGACCGGUGCCGGCUGAUGAAGGACACCUGCAACACAGGGAAGUGGACGGAGAAAGAAGAGAAGAGACUCGCUGAAGUGGUCCACGAACUGACGAGCACCGAGCCCGGGGACAUCGUCACGCAGGGCGUCUCCUGGGCCGCAGUGGCCGAGCGGGUGGGGAGCCGGUCGGAGAAGCAGUGCCGCUCCAAGUGGCUCAACUACCUCAACUGGAAGCAGAGCGGAGGCACCGAGUGGACCAAGGAGGACGAAAUCAACCUCAUCCUCAGAAUAGCAGAGCUAGAGGUCGCAGAUGAAAACGGCAUCAACUGGGAUUUGCUGGCUGAAGGCUGGAGCAGCGUCCGCUCCCCCCAGUGGCUUCGGAGCAAAUGGUGGACCAUCAAGAGGCAAAUCGCCAACCACAAAGAGGUGUCGUUUCCCGUUCUCAUAAAAGGUCUGAGGCAACUGCAUGAAAGCCAGAAAAACGCUCCGGCACACCAACUUCCAGACGCUAAAUCUUUACCGGGGCUGCCAAAUUCCCACCCUGGUUCCGGGGUCCAGCAUGUCCAGAUCCGCGUGGCCCAUUUGGAAGAGAGUUCCGUCUGCUCUCCUGCUUCCGUGGCGGCCUUACAGAUUCCUCUCCAGAUCACCCAUGUCUCUUCUGCCGAUUCCCCUGCGGCUUCCGUCGACUCCGAAACGAUAACACUAAAUAGUGGGACGUUGCAGACUUUUGAGAUUUUGCCGUCCUUCCACCUCCAGCCGACUGGCACCCCGGGCACCUACCUGCUCCAGACCAGCUCCAGCCAGGGGCUGCCUCUGACCCUAACCGCCAGCCCCACAGUCACCCUCACGGCUGCUGCAGCCCCAGCCUCUCCAGACCAGAUCAUAGUCCACGCCUUAUCCCCCGAGCACCUGCUGAACACGACGGAGAACGUCACCGUGCAGUGCCACGCGCCCAGCGUCAUCAUCCGGACCAUGGCAUCCGAAGACGUUUCUCCGCCCGCCAGCCAGGCGGAACUGAGCGCCGAUUUGGGCCUGCAGACUGUUGGCUUGGCGGGCACACCGACCUCCCUGGAAACGGACUCUUUCCCAGAGGACGUCCGCCCCUCCAAACUCCCAGGGGAAGACAGCGCCGGCGGUUCCUCCAAAUUUGGCAGCCAAAGCAGCCCGGAGCUCCUGGAAAGAGCAGGCGUCGGCAUGCUGAAUUCAGAUCUCAAGCGGGAAGAUAACUGUCCAUCGGAUUUGGCUGGCACUUACGUUUCCGAGGACCUGGGCUCUCCCACCGCCGAGGAACCAGUGGAACAGUCCUCGCUGGACGGAGCCAUUCUCAUCGUGCCUUCUCCCCGAGGCUUCAUCCAGGCGUCCGAUGACAUAGACGGAGAACCAGUGCUGCCUCUGACCACCUUAACAGAUCCCAUCUUACAACACCACGGAGAGAAUUCUCACAUUACCAGCUCCUCUUUGGAUAGCCCCAGUUCGGAAGACUCGAAGGGCAUGGAGAACUUGGUCAGCUGUCACUGAGGCUCUUCCCGGUCCAUUAACUCCUGCGUUGGUCAAAGGAGGGUCCACCUGGCAGGGCUGACCCAGAGGUCCCUUCUGAUCUCGAACGAGGGACCGUCCCGGCUGGCUCCCCUCCGAAGUUUCUGCGUUCAAGGUGGCUCGUGAUGGAUGGACAGGGAGGAGGAACUCUCAACGCUCCAGGCUACUAGCCCAGCAGGAAACAAGCGUCCGGAAUUGAGAUUACACCGUUUAGGGUUUGCACCGGUCCCCCUGCUUUGGUGUGAGACUAUAGUUACAGCCGUUGUAACUACCGAGGGAGCAAGAAGAUAUGUGAAGGGAGAAAAGGUGUCUUUUUCUAGGGGUUGCAGGUUGUUUGAGCAGCGGGAAAGCCGGAUCAAGAUCCUCCUUCAAACUGAAGAAUCUGUUGCUGGCAACGGAUGUCGCGCCCGAAGGAUCAGGCGUAAUCCUUAAAAUGCUACAGCUAACACCCCCACCCACCCCGAUAAACUUAGGAGUCCGUUUUAAACCCCUGAGGAGACCUUCCUUGUGUCGAUUCAAAAAUCGACUGCGGGAGCCAAACUCUGCAAAGGAAGCCAACUUGGAUGACCCUUUUUGGAGACGUGUCAUCGGGAACGAGCUUUGGCGAUGGGUGCCGCCGUGCGUUCCUCCUACAGGGAAGGUUCCCCACCCCCCCGAAACACAAAGCUGAAAUUUGGUGCAACUUGACCAAGGCAACCUGAUUCUCCCCACUACAAAAGGCUGUGGUUAAAAACAAAAA